GAUUUCACCAAUGAAGAGCCCAUACUUACGCCUACUGAGAAUUCCACCAGUGAAUUGGCUUCUCUGGCUCAAGAUGCCUUCAUCGGGUUUGAUUGCGUCAACCCUGAUUACAGUGUUCUUCGACAUCACACAACUAGGCCUAGUCAACAACAGCCAAUGCGUUCAGCCCUUGUAGGUGGUAUGCAUGUAUCUGGUUCUGCCGCUGCCACCGCUCCCCCUGUCUCCCCGAACCCGGCUUUGGCAAUGACCUCUUCCCCACCUCCCGGAAGGUCCACCGUCACUGAGCAAGUGGUUCCGGCUUCUUCGUUGAUUUCUGGUUCAAUUCCUCAACCAACUUCAGUCGGGACGGUGCGCAGCGGAUUGAUCCGAUUAGUCGGAGACACCUCGUGCCAAACCCCUUCAGUGCAGACACCGCCGCCGCCAUCUCCUACCCUCCUCAAUAUCGGUGACACCUCGCUCUUUCAGGCCGAUUGGUGUAGUCCCUUUCCACCCUCCCUUGCCACUCUCCACCAUUCGCCUUUCACGCGCCUUUUUCGUGCCCUGGACCUAUUUCUUCAAAAUCCGGCUUCUCUCUCCAUCCUAGUGUCGCCGGUCUAA